UUUAUAUCAGAAAUACGGCAACCCAAAAAAACAGAAUUUUCUAAAAAAAUCAGAAUUUCCAAUCAAACUAAAAAUUAUUUUACAGAGAUUAACCCAUUCACAAUGCUUUUUGUCAGUUCUGGUACUCUCUCCUAUUAUUCCCAACUUCUCCACUAUGAUAAUUAUCCCGAUUUGGUUUAUCCAAUUGAAAUGGUAAAUAUUGCCAAAUGGAUAUAUAUUCCCUACCGUUUAAUUAAAUCUAUGAUGCCUGUUGGUUUUGUUGAUCGUUUUAGAUUACACGAUGCUAAUUUUUUGGAAAAUCUUUGUUUGGAAAUUAAUUUGGAUUAUAUUCCACAUUCACUUGGCGGGCAAAAUCAGGCAAGAAAAUAA